AUGUUCAACUCAGCUACCUUUCCGUACGUACGUCCAUGAGAUUAAUUAGGAUGGAGCAGAGUGGUACGAAGAAAAGAAAAUCCUGUCUGCUUCCUAACAGGGACAGAGUGGUCAAAUAUGCAUGGAGUACUCCGUAUCUCCUUGUGUAUGCAUACGCAGCAGUACACACACUUAUCACCAUUGGCAUUUGCUACUCCACUCCAAGCUCACACGCUCCCACAACCACCGAGCAAAUCAAGACAAUGGCGCCCAAUCCUCCAAGCUUGAGUUGACGCCAACGCAAAGGACGAUCAAUCGAUAAGCCAGAGCCAGAGGUCGUCGCUCGGUCCAAGAAAACAAGAUCUUCUCUUAUUCCAACACAAAAGCUCAGAAUUUAUCAAGCUCAGAACAAUGAAGAGAGGAGGAGGGUGUGAGGUUGAGGCUCGUGGAAUCAACUACCACAUCAGCAUCAGCAGCUCCAAGCAGCAGCAGCAUCCUCUGGCCAAGAUAUGGAGCAGGCCGGAGGAGCCGCUGCAGCAGCAGCUGGACGACGACUCUCCAUCUCAAUGUCCCAGCACCACCCAGCAACGACGGCGCCUCGUCCUCCGCGACGUCACCUGCCGCGCGCGCCCCGGCGAGCUCCUCGCCAUCGUGGGCCCCAGCGGCGCCGGCAAGUCGACGCUCCUCGAGAUCCUCGCCGGCCGCCUCCACCCCACCACCACCUGUGGAGAGCUCCGCGUCAAUGGCGGCGCCGUGGACGCCGCCCGCCUCCGCCGGCUGUGCGGCUACGUGACCCAGCGCGACGUGCUCUUCCCGCUCCUCACCGUCCGGGAGACGCUCCACUUCAGCGCCCGCCUCCGAGGCUCCGCGGGCGCCCUCGCCAGAGUGGACGCCUUCAUCUGCAACGAGCUCGCCCUGGGCCGCGUGGCGGACACGAGGGUCAAGGACCUGUCAGGCGGCGAGCGGCGGCGCGUGUCCAUCGGCGUGGAGUGUGUGCACGGCCCGGCCGUGCUGUUCCUGGACGAGCCCACGUCCGGCCUCGACAGCGCCUCCGCGCUCCAGAUCGUGUCCGCGCUCCGUGCCAUGGCGUCCGGAGGCAGAGGCACCACGGUGGUGCUGAGCAUCCACCAGCCCGGCGCGCGCAUCGUCAAGAUGUUGGACAGCGUGCUCCUCCUCGCCGCCGGCUCCGUCCUCCACCACGGCACCGUCGACGCCCUCUGCUCGCUUCUGUCAGACGCCGGCUUGGUCUUGCCGCCGCACGUGGACGCCGUCGAGUUCUCCAUCGACUCCAUUGACCACCUCCGCCUCCACCACAAGAUCAACCACCCGCGCCACCGAUGCACGCUCCAGCACCUCUUCCACAAGGACGACGACCAUCUUCAUCUUGCGUUUGCGGAGCAGCAGAACCCAGAGCUCAACAACUCGUGGGCGCGGGAGGUGGCCAUCCUGUCGCACCGGUUCGUCAAGAACGUGUCCCGGACGCGGCAGCUCUUCGCGUGCCGGACGGUGUGCAUGCUCCUCGCCGGCCUGGCGCUGGGCUCCAUCUUCUACGACAUGGGCGAGGACAAGACGAUGGAGCGGGUGGGGCUCUUCGCCUUCCUCCUCACCUUCCUGCUCUCCUCCACCACGGAAGCCCUCCCCAUCUUCCUCCAGGAGCGCGACAUCCUCGCCAAGGAGACCUCGUCCGGCGCAUACAGGGUCUCCACCUACGCGGUGGCCAACGCCGCCGUCUUCCUGCCCUUCAACCUGCUCCUGGCCGUCGCCUUCGCCGCGCCGGUCUACUGGCUCACGGGGCUCCGCCGCACGGCGCCGGCCUUCGCCUACUUCCUGCUCCUCAUCUGGCUCAUCCUCUACACGGCCAACUCCGUCGUCGUCUGCUUCGCGGCGGCGGCACCGGACUUCGUCGUGGGCAACGCGGCGAUCCAGGGCGUGAUGGGGUCCUUCUUCCUCUUCUCGGGCUACUUCAUCAGGAAGGCGGACAUGCCGGGGUACUGGGUGGGGAUGCACUACCUGUCUCUCUUCAAGUGGCCCUUCGAGGCGCUGCUCGUCAACGAGUUCCACGGUUCCUACUGCGUCGUCAGGAGUUCCGGCGUGUGCUUGGCCACCGGCGACGAGGUGCUCAGGAAGGAAGGGCUCGGGGAGGAGUGCCGCUGGAGGAACGUCGGCGUCAUGCUCGGAUUCGUCGUCUUUUACAGGGUGCUGGGCUACGUCCUGCUCCGCCUCCGGUGUAGCCUCCGCCUCAAGGCCGCCGCUCGCUCUGCCUCUGCCUCUGCCUGCUGCUGCUUGUCGUCUCGCUAAGCUUAAUUUGCUUCCAACGACUCCAUAGGUGCCUUUUCUUCUUGUGUGCGCUGCUGCUGUCUGUAUACGAUUACUACAACUACAAAUACGCUGCUGGUAAUUAACGAGUGAGUAAAUUGAUUAAGACACUCCCAUCUUCAAUUGCAUUAAGACCAUUAUUACCGUGCUCUGCUCGGCAUUUCAUUUCAGCAGGAAAACUUUCCUGCCCUCAAA